UAUAAACAGCGGCAGGUAUAUAAAGGGGCUCUCGUAGCCACAGACUCCCAGGUCUCAGCAGCCCCGUCCUCAAGCACCACCAGCAGCAAGUCACUAUGGCGUCUCUUUUGAGGGUCUUGUUCUUCCUUGCUGUUGUCGGAGCGUCCUUCGCUGCGCUUUUCAGAGGAAAAGCAGCGGUUCACAAAGACUUCCCUGGUAAGUGCUACGUCGCAAGACUAAAAAUCGGCUUUAACCCGGGUUCCUCGUGGCCCGUGACCGGGAAGUGCGCGAAGAGGACCUGCUAUGAAGAAGACGGAGAACUUUAUUUCGAGGAAGCAAGCUGCGGCGUGGAGGUCCUGCCCGCAAACUGCAGAAUUGUGCAAGAGAAAUCACUGCCUUACCCGAGCUGCUGCCCUAGGCUGGACUGUGGCAAAACGAAGACGAAAGGUUAAACAGAGGACAACAAAAUGAUCAAGGGAUGUUUAUCGCAGUUAUUUUUUUCUUUGUUUCGUUUCUAGUUUUAUUUCUUUUUUUUUUUUUUUGUUUCGUUUCUAGUUUUAUUUCUUUUCAGUGGAGUAGGAAUAAAAAGAUUGAUCAAGAUGGGUCUUUUAAUGGAGUUUUUGUUUGUGUUUUCCUGACUCUUGAUUUAUUUUUUUGAUUUGUUAAAUAUAGUGAGGG